CAAGUGCUUCCAGUUCUGUGCCAGACCCCUGCAGAGGCCAGUGAGAGCCCAUUGUCCACAGCAGGUACGGGGUCAGCCAGGGCUUGUAGCAGCUGAAAAGUUUUGCAUCUGUAUGUGUGUCACUCUCCUGCCUGUCCCCCCAUCCAUCUGCCAUUUCAGCACCUCUGGCCCCAGUUUGGGGCAGUGCUCGUGUGCCGGGGCACGUCCCGUUUUCUGUGAUGGGAUGGAAGUGCUCCUCUCUGAUGUGGGACUUUAGUGCUGACCUCCUAUUAAUUCUCUUCUGUUAUCAUUCCUUUUUUGUGCCUACAGAGCCAGAGCAAAGUUAAGUCCCCUCAUACCCAGAUACCUCACACCCUCCAAGCUCUUCUAUCACAGAGGGGACCACUUCCAGCCCACAGCUCCAUGCCUUGAUCCACCACAGAUGCUCUCAGGGGGAUGUUGGAUGCCCAGGCAGGUGCAUUGGGCUUGGCAGGUCUGUGGGACAGGCUCUAGGAAACAGAGGGGUGGGUGAAAAUCUGACUUUCACAGCCAGCCCAGUGCUCAGCCUGAGACCUGCUCCAGGCCAGCACUCGGUGUCCUUCUCAGCUCACGCUGGUGGUAAAACCAGUGGGAGACAAGGAGGUUUUGACAUUGUUAAAUCUAAGAGGGAGGUUGGGCAGAAACAUUUCUUUCUUGGCCUGGAGACAGGCAUUAAUAUUAGAUGUCGUGGGAGUACAUUUCUAGUGUGUGAGGGAGAAAGCUGUGGGGGAAAAAUGUAAAACAUUGGUCAAGGGAGGACUUCAAAUUCAGACAGCCUUGCAGGCAGGAGCCAAAAUCCCUUGCUGCCUUUGUCAGAAGCUCAUCACACUGACCUUAACGGUGCCAACAGAUCUGAUCUUCCCCCACUCUGAACUGGCAUAACUCCUCUGCUUCCAAGGGAACUUUGCCAGGCAGUGUCCUGGGGGAUUUCCUCCCAGCAUAAUGAAUAUUAGCACAUAAGAGCGGAGGAUUAAAUGCUCUUUUAAUGGGCUAUAAGCAGUUCUUUAGCAGCUGACACGGGCACUUGCUUGAGCAAAGGUUUGACCCAAUAAAUGGAACUGCGAAGCAAAUAUUUUGCAAUUAAAAUACUGGCAGAAUUUUAAAAUGCUCAGUGCACUUAGGGAAUAAUUGCCUAAUGGCUGAGAAGGCUCUAAUGGGGACCCUGGAAGGUGGUGUGCUUGGUCCUGUGCUGGGCGGUGUCCUGCAAAGAGCUGAAGGAUGAGUCCAUCCUCUUCCUCACCAUCAAAUUUACACUUGGUAUCUCAGGGACUCAAGCAAAGGUUUCCCAAGCAGUUAGGGCCUCCCUGUGCCCUACCACGGUGUCACAGUGUCCGUGCCUCUGGCACACCAGUGGUGUGAGCUCAGUGCCAGUGCCACAGGGAGUCACGAUCCUGCUUCCAUCCUCCACCCCACUCCACAAAUGUUUCAUCCUCCACAGCUCCACACCUUUGGGAGUGUCCAGGGCAUCCCACACCAGUAAGAAACCAAGAUGCUCCUUAAGGAAAGGAUCCCUGCCCAGGACACAUGAUGGAGCACCGUGAACAAGGGUUCCACACUGAAGGACGGGACAUGUGGUAGGAGGCAGCACAUCCCACUGAAGAGCGAGAGCCGGUCGUGCAGCACAGCCCGGGGUGCUGUGGGAGGGACAGGACAUGUGCCACCUCAGCUGCCUCCUCUUGGGACUCCUCCUCAUCCUCAGCACCACCAGCACCGAUGGCAUUGCCCGGGCAGGCCGCAGGGUCUGUGCCGCGGCGCCGCAGAGCCGGGCGGGCGCCUACACCGAGUCCCACGUCCAGCCCGUCUACCAGCCCUACCUCACCACCUGCCAGGGCCACCGUGUCUGCAGCACCUACAGGACCAUCUACAGAGUUGCCUAUCGGCAGAGGUACAGGCAGCUGCCCGAGCCCGUGGCCUCGUGCUGUCCUGGCUGGAGCAGAGCAAACACUCACACACUCAGCUGUAACAGAGCUCUCUGCUGGGUACCAUGCCAGAACGGCGGGAGCUGCACCUUCCCUGGCAGAUGUGCCUGCCCACCCGGCUGGACGGGGCGAGCCUGCCAGACAGAUGUGGAUGAAUGUGCCAGCCAGAGCCAUGGCUGCAGCCAGCUCUGCGUCAACACAGCCGGGAGCUACCGCUGCACGUGCCAGGAUGGCUUUGCCCUCGCUGCUGAUGACAAGGACUGCCAGCCCCUGGUGCCAGUGCCCGAGAUGGACACCUUCAGCCAAGCAGGUCCCUCCAAUGAAGUGAAGGAAGAAAUGAAUGACCUGAGGAGCCGAGUGGAAGCGCUGGAGCAGAAACUCCAGCUGGUGCUGGCCCCUUUCCACAACCUCAUGCCAUCAGCGCCGGAGGAUGUCGGCACAGACCCCAUCAGCCGACUGUCCCACUCCCUCCAGCAACUGGACAGAAUUGACUCCCUGAGCGAGCAGAUCUCUUUCCUCGAGGAGCGGCUGGAAACAUGUAAGUGCCUGGAAAAUCAGGGCUGAAGGAUUUCCCUCCACCCACACUGGCCACGGUGAGCAGAUGUGGGCCAGCGAGAUCAGUAACACAUAUGCCACUGUUAAUCUAGAUCUCCCUCAAGCUCAGCAGCCUGCAAUUAAUAAAAGAUGAACACAAACAGCCCAUUAGCUUCAUUUCAAAGCAGUUUCUGUGGCUGCACCAUCUGACUGCCCGUGUAGCAGCCAAAAACUGUAAGAUUGGCACAAGGAAACGUGGCUGCGGGGCAGAGCAGAGGGAGCCACUGUGAGCAGUGGGUCACGUCUGGCAAUCAGCACUUCGUGGCUGCAGUCCCUUCCUGUAUCCUUGUAAUUUGGUCCUUAGAAAAGAACUCCCAGCUCUUAGGAAAUUAACAGUCCAAGAAGUCAAUCAGGGAAAUUUAGGGAGCAUGCAAAAGUUGGCAGAUUUACGAGCCUGGGAAGUUUUGGGCAUUUCUUUUUGAAGCCUGCAGACCAAGCAGUGCACCAGAGAGGGUCUCCCAAGUAGCAAACUGAGCAAGAGACCCCAGUGAGAGUUGCCAUGGGUGAAGUGGCUGGAGGUGGGGGGGUCCUGCCUGGCAUGUCCCCCCAUGGCACCACAGAGAGGGGCAGCAUCCCCUUGUGGCCCCGUGGUGCUCUGGAGAGUGGCAGUUUGACUCCAAGCAGAGCACAACCAUGUGAACACUUUAUUUUGAUAGGGAGCUCUUUGCAGCUCAUUUUCCCAUUAAAUAAUUCCAGAAACUAGGCAUGGCUGGGCCAGCUCAGGAGCUGGUGUGCAGCAACAGCCUGGAGCUCAUGGCAGGAGACUCAAGGGAAACUGGUUCAGGGCAUAUCCAGUCCCAGUUCACUGCUUUCAGUAAUGGCUUAGAUGGAAAAGAAUUCAAAGAACUUGUUUGAAGACAAAGUAGCUGCAAAUAGACACUUAAAAAGCAUCUCAGAAAGGGGUAAUUAUCAGAACCAUGGAGUGUUCCAGCAGACUGAGUUUCCUAGUAGUGCUCUGUACAUAUUAUUAGUGACAGCACUGAGGAAUGUGAGCAGUAUCACAAGGUAACAUGGAUUUAUUCCAAGGGAUGACUCCAAAGUGCUGAAAUUAAUUUUUGCCAAGCCUGCUCCAGCAAGCAAAACUUGUUUUUGUCCCCUUUCAUAGUCUUGUAAGUCCCUGGAGGACACAAAACUGUCCUGUCAUACUCCAGCAAGCCCUGGGGCUCACAGGGCAUCCCAUGGAGUUACUCAGCCAUCCACGUUCUGUGCCUGGUGAAGCAUUUCACAACUGAAUGCUACAAUAAAACUGCACUCCCCAAUUAGCUGCUCAGUGGGGGUGUGUGUGAGGACCAAGAAAAACUACUUUCUCUUUAAACCACCAGCAAAGGCACCAGAGGAGAGCUCUUGAAGCCAUAACCACUUUGGCCCCUCUAAGUCUGAAUUAGUCUUGAUCCAGCACAGACUGUCACUGUUACUGUCACUGGCUUUGGGACACUGCACACAGGGCCCAGGCAAGGACUGUGACACACCAGGGAGGUGAGAGUGACACUCCCGAGUGUGGUGGGACAGAGGCAGCCUAGGGUUGUUUGCCAAAGGGAAAGCUGCAAGUGUGGGUGAUAUUCACAGAGGUUUAAGGUCAAUCUGCUUGGAAAAGAGACAAACCAAACCCAGGCUACGGAUGUUGCUGAAUUGUUUCUUUUUUUUCCAUCU